GAAACCAAUAUUUUCCAGCACUGGAUUCUAAUGGCUUUAUUUCACUCUUGAUUUUUGAAUUUAAGAUAUUUACCUUUUAUUUCAUUCUAUUAGAUUCAGAGUCUUUUCUGGAACCAUUUCUUUACCUCCCUAGCAGUGUGUAGCUUUUUAUACACCAGUUGUACAUGGUUGUGCAUCUGUUUUGAUGUCUUUAAAGACAAACAUUACUUUGAUUAUCUGGAAAAUUAGAUGCUCUAGGUUGUUAUGCUUUAUUUUGUACUUUUACUCGCUUACGAUAUUUCUUUAGCAGCCUGUGAGUUCCCUAAGGCCAGUAAACAUGAAGGAAGAAAAUCUUGCUAUUGCUAAUGUUGGGGAGCCUACUGUUAGAAUGACACGAGCUCGAGCUGCUGCUUGUCAUGCAUUUGGAGGGAUUCCACCUUCAGAAGCACUGAAGCAGCAAGGUCAAAAGCAAGUUUUACGGACAAGUUCAAAAAGAGCAGCUUUAGAUGAGAUGAAUAGCAGUGCUUCUGCUGCUGCACCUGUUCAGCAUAAGAGGAGGGCAGUGCUUAAGGAUGUCACAAAUGUUUGCUGUGAAAAUUCCUAUAAAAACUGCCCCAUUGCAGCUAAAAUUCCGGUUUGUACACUACCCUUUUGCUGAAUUUAUAUAAUUAAUGUAAGAAAUUGUUGUAAAUUGAAAGAAAAUUAAAUAAGAAAGUAUGUUUGUUCCUCA